AAAAAACACUCAGCAAAAUACGAGUUUCCAUGAGAUUACCAUAUAAAAAAAACUCGUUUUCUACAUUAUAUAGUUUCCUAUAUAUAAAUAAUUAUUACAUGAUAAAGUAGAGAUAUAACACACAAACAAAAUAAUAAUAAUAAUAAUGUGCGAUGUGUGUUGCAGCAGUAUAAUUUUGAAAAAGAGUUUGAAUUUUCGAUUCGUGUGGAAAACAAUAAAAAAUAUUAUAAAAUUCAAGAGACUUUAAUCAAGUGAAGAAGUUUAUCUGCAACAGUGCAAUUUCUUUCAUAAAAUACAACCAGAACACAACAAACAAACGACACAGUGCCACAUUCCAUAUGUGAGUGCGCAUACCACUAGGUUAUAGGAGGUUGAAUGAAAAUAGUGAAAUUAGUUUAAAUGAAUGAAAGUGAUGAUCGUACACAUUUGUUGAUUCAAUGGCGGGACUGUUGAGGAACGUUACGAACGCAAUUUGGCAGGCAUUCAAUGCGCUGCAACAAGAAGAACCGGGAGCGGUUAACAAAAGUAAAUUAAAGGUUCUCACAGCAAACAUUGCUUCCCUAUUCGAUCUGUAUGGCGUCGAAAAAGGACUUGAAAACUUUCGAUCAACAUCACGUUUGAACUUUUUACACUUCCGCUACUAUUUACUACAAGAAGUCUUUGUUACACUGCCCAAUACCACCACACUAGCCGAUAUUCGAAACUACGAGUCGAAGAUUGAAGAGAUUUGCUGGUUGGUGUGUCGCAAAACGUUUCUGUCGUCCUACGAAAAGUUAGUAGCUGAAACUUACCUGUACAAAUUGUUUCGAAUAUUUUGUAUGCUCAGCGAUUUUAUAUCGAAUAAUGAAAGCAAUCAGUGCCAGGUACUCAUACAUUCAUCGGAAGCAGGUCAUAUCCUACAACAAUUAAUCACAGGUACUGGAUUGGAUUUCGAGUCAGAUAAACGAUACAUCAAUCUGAUGUCCAAUCCGAGGUACUUAUCGUUUGAAGAGUUUCUUCAUUCUAUGGAUCUUGGCGAGUACAAAACUUUGUCAGAAUUUGCAUUGAACGAAGCAAUUGAAGAGCUUUACCAAACAUACAUAAACGAUGUGAUUAAGAAGGGAUAUCUUCUUCGUCGGGGCUAUCUACUUCCAUCGCUGAAAGAGUAUUGGUUCGUUCUUCAACCGUGUGAACUCAAUUACUACAAGAAUCGGAACCAAAAAGAGCUGUGUGGUACGAUCAUUCUCGAUCCCAAUUGCAUGGUUCGUCCAUCCAGCAAGUCAUCAGCUAAAGCAGACAAAGUUUUGAAGUUUAUUAUAUCAGCGGGAGAGAGAAAUUUCGAGUUGGGUACUCAAGAUCACCGGUCACGGAUGCAGUGGAUCGCUGCACUUCAACUAGCAAUUACAUAUUCGAUGGGCAAAGAGGGUUUUCAGCGUAAUAUCGUCAAUCGACGUCGUCAAAAGCGGGAUGAAGAAAAGAAUCUUAAAAUGGAGGAGGAACUGGUGAAAAAUAGACAUUUACAAGAAGCAGAGACAGCGAAAUCCCAAUUGGAACUGGAAAAACUAGCUAGGGCAGCGGCAGAGAGUCAAGCACGUGAACUAGAAUUGGUUGCCCGAGAAGAUUCCCGCAGAGUAGCAGAAUUAGAGGAUAUAAAAUUGACCCUCGAAAACCUAUUGUCCGAAGAAUCGCAAGCGAAACGGGACGAAGAAAUUGUUCGUGCGUUGCAAGCACGAGUCUUAGCCGAAGAAUGGGAGAAACGAGAAGAAUUAGAGCAAUUACAAGAGGAACAACGAAAUCUACUUGAAAAGGAACGUGAGAAACGACUGCAAUUCGAAAUAACCCAACGGGAGAGAGAACAAUGUUUAAAAGAUGCCGAACAGAAGUUAAAGGAAGUAGAAGAUGAGCGGCAACGACUGGACCUUGAACUGAAACAAGCACGUUUCAAAAUACUGCAUUCUGAGGAGACGAAGGAACGGCUGGAGGCACGGAUACAAGUCAUAUCACCACCGAGAGAUGGUGAACGGGUUCGGCGAGCUUUGUCCUUUAUGCAUUCGAAUCGUGAACGACCCAUUCACAUUGACGUAAAAUCGACUAAUCGAGAACGAGUUAAAAUACCACCACCAGUAUCAUUACCAUCCCCGUCUAUGCCAACUUCAGAUGAAAUGUCGACUGGAUCUGACCAUUAGAGUUGUAUCAGCUAACCAAAAAAAAAAAAAGAAAAAUCGUAAAAUAAUUCUGUCGAACUAACUUUUGUACUAAUUCUUAUUAAAAGACAUUCAUCGUU